CUUAAAAGGCCUCGACCCCAAAAGAAAAUGGACGAAAACCACCACAAUUCCAUGCUGCUCGAAGCCCUAGCUAGCGAUAGAUUACGGAUAGAUAUCCGCCGGCUUAUAGCGUGCCCAGGUUCGCGUAUCUCGCCUCAUUCCCCCAAGAACCGGUUCGAUCCAGCGAGCCGCAUGUUGCGACUGCGAGGCAGCACGAAUGGUAGUUGGACAGCCAUCGAGAGGGUAAAGGGCGACUGACGCGCGGCUUUUGGCUUCGUUCUCUCUUCGGCGAGGGAGUCAGGGCUAUUGUGACUCCGCAGGGUGGUGUCAAAGACCGUGUCACCCCUUGGUGGAAGCCCCGUCAAUAGCAGGAACCCGAGCUGCCAGCACCCUUUCCCUGCAGCCAGUUUUGCUCUCCACACCUGACUCGAAAUUCUGCAACAACGAGCCCAAGGUUCCUACCACACCGUUACGCCAUCGUGGCUUCCAGCAUGCAGGCGCAACCACAACCGUUUAGUCGGCUCGCGAAAAUGGAGGAAAUACCAUUCACCAACAACUCUAUCCGAUCUCUACCCACUGGGAGUUUACCUAUCUUAUCGUUACAAAACACCAAGGACUCUGGAACCGACAUGGAUACCGAACCCUCAUUCAGCACUCCUGCCAUCACUUGCUGUUUGGCCGCACCUGAUGACCCUGCCACCGCCCUCGUACGCUUCACAUACCUUGCUGAGGGAGCUGCCAACGUCGUGUUCAAGAUAUGCCCUGGGUCUCAAAAAGCCCCGGACGGGUUGGUUUUUGUCGACGACGACGACGGAGUACUCCCACGGGAAGGCUUCUUAGGCAAGGUGCUGCGAAUCUCCAAAGGAAAUCCGAGAACUCCCUCAUCCAGAGAGAUAAUAGCCGGAUUUGAAACCUUCAUUAGGCCCCUUUUCAAAUAUAAACAAUUACCCCCAUGGAGGCUUGCCAAUACAUCGUUGAAUCCCGAUGUGCAGCCAGAACGGUUCGACGACUAUCUCAUAGAUCACGAAGGUGUCAUCUUAUCUGGAACCGCCAUCAAACAGCUCGCGCGCGAAUACGAUAGGCACCAUAGCGCGACAACGCACGAUGCCAACUUUCCAGUACAGUUGGGCAUUCUCCUCCACGAUAUGUCGUCCGUCCCCAAGUCCUCCGUCACUAUCGAGAUCAAACCGAAGUGGCUGUUUCCAUCACCAAACGCAAUAAAACACACCUACCGCUGCCGCAAUUGCGCCCUACGCAAGUCGAGAGGCGCCGGGGUAGACGGCUACAUUUGCCCCUUGCGAUGGGUCCGGGGAAACAGGGGAAACAACGCGGUGAUCAAGGCUUUUAUCCGCGAGAAGGUCUCCACUGCGCUUUCGAAUACCGGAGAGGAGCUCCCAGAAUCCGAAAUGCUCGAAUCGAUCGUCAACCGAGCUACCACGUAUCUUACGACAGGGCCUGGCCAAGACCUGAUGUUGCACCUUCGGGCCCAGCAAGUCAAGCUCGAUCCCUUCGGCAUUGGUGGGGAGUACAUGGUCGAGGAAACAGAAGAAGCCAGGGUCUCCUGGAGACACAACCUUAGGCUUGCAAUGACCCUGCGAGACUGUUCCUUAUUUAUCAGGAUUCCGUACGCCGACGCGUCUUUGCCAAUCGAGGCAAAGCUCGGCGAUCUUGAUGUCAAGUCACUAGAUAAGCUCCCGGACUGGUUCACGAAGGAGGAGCAUUUGAUUAACGGUGGCUGGUAUAAGGAUCGCGAGCCUCCAGACUACGGCUGUCUGAUGUCCGCUCUUUUCAAGCAUUGGGUGCCGUGGCACGUUUGAGAGGGCUUCGUUGCGGAAUACAGGGUUUGUGUUUUCGAAAAGGGUUGAAGUAUAUCAGUUUUGGAAGUGCAGAGUUGGAGCAGAGGAUCAUUUUUCGUUAUUACUGUGUAGAGGCGUUGUGGGGUUGUCGUUGGAGCGUAUACCCCGGUCCGCUGUAUUCAUAGUGGGAAGGCGACGAAUGGAACAAUACUGUAUUCUA